GUUCAAUGAUCAUCAUCUGCUUGUGAUUCAUUUUGCAAUAGUUGAAAGAAAAAAGAAGCAAAGAAAAAUAAAUAAAGUUCAGUGUGAUUAAUUAAAGAAAAGAAUUUGAAGAAAAAAAAUAUAUAAAAAUGAAAUUCACAGUUUGUGCAGUUAUUGUAUUGUUUGUCGCGAGUUCAAAUGCUGAAGAUGUUUACAAUCAAGGCACGAGAGCACUUUUACGUGUUUAUGAUGAGUGCAAUAAGGCUGAAUUUGGAUUGACAGCCUGCCUUAAGAAAAAAGCCAUCACAUUUAUAGAUCGUGUUGCCCGUUUGGAUUCGUUGACCGUCAAUGAAGGAUUUAAAAUUGUGAAAAAUUCAAAUGCACCAGAAUUGAAAGUGAUGAGUGAGAAUGAAUUGGAAAAGAAUCUUCCGCGAGGAUUGGAAGCACGCGAUGAAGCAUUAACUGAAUUACUUGUCGAGAAAGCAGCCACAUUUGUCAGUGGUAGAACUGUACAAGUUGAGUUGCCCAAAUUAUCCACUGAAGAACUGGGCCGGGGAUUGGAAGAAGGUCGUGGAAAAAUGAAGAAAAUGAUGUCGAUGAUGAUGGCUGGCUUCUUCAUGAAGCUUCUCUCGAUGGUUCCAGUUGCAAUUGCCGGCCUUUAUGUCUUGGCUGGAAAAGCUUUGAUUGUCUCGAAGAUCGCGCUUUUACUUGCUGGUAUCAUUGGACUUAAGAAGAUUAUCGCACAAAAGCAAGCUGGUGGUGGUGGACAACAAGGCUGGGCAGCUGGAGGCGGCGGUGGAUGGGAACGUUCGAUCGAUCAACAGAUGGCCAAUCACAAUCUCGUCUAUCGCGCGCACAAAUAAGCUGCAACAUCAAACUCGUUUGUCAGCCCUUCAUCGACAUCUGUGCUAUUUAUUUUAAUUCUCUUCUUCUCUCUCCUAAACUAACUUUAAUGUCUGCAAUCUGCUUCUAAAAUAUCUAAAUAACUUUUUCCCUUUUAAAGUACUUACUUUAAUUCACUUUAAAUCUCUCAUUCUUUAAUGCUUUAUUUACUUUCAUACCUUUAUUGAUCUCAAACCUUAACAUUGUUUCUUUGCCUUCUACUUUUACUCUUUCUUUUUAUUUUACUUAGACGAUCAUGUCAUUCUUCUUGUCAAGAUGAAGAAAGCAUAGCUCCACAGCUUCUUAUGAACACAAUUAUUCAGUAGAAAUUGAAAACCAUAAGAAAUGUCAUGAUUAACAUUUCUCUUAAUCUCUUUUUAAAUUUCUUUUCAUGCUUAAAUCUUUUCACACUUUACGACUAUGUUGGGAACCAAUCUUUCUAUUUUUUCAAGUAUUUCCCCAACCGUUUUCAUUCAACUUUAACCAAACAGACUCAAUUAUCAUAAAUAAUUUUAUAUCAUUUGUCUCUAUCUCCAUUUCUCUCUCCUCUCUAUCUCUCUCCGUCUUUACCUAAUUUAAAAUGCUUCAUUUCUUUAUUAUUUAUUAUUGAUCACACUACAAACUUACCAGUUAAUGUUUGUAUCAAAACGAAUGGUAAUUCUGCAAUUAGAAGAAAGUUUAUUUAUUUUUAAUGCGACGUUUUUAAAAAAAAUGUUUUUAAUUUAUUUUCUUAUUUAUUGAAUAGAAAUUUUAAAUGUUGGAAAAUUGAAAAGAAAAAUGAAAAACAUAAAAAAGAAAGAAGCAAAUUUUUAGAUGAAUCAAUGAAA